AUGGCCCACCCCACUUCCCCUACAACAGGGUAUCUCAAACUGGACGCUGAUCCCUCCGCAAAUGACACCCCCACCUCGUCCACCUGUACCGUUUCAUCGAAUGCCGUCGCCUCCACCUCCACCUCCAACAGGACCCGCGUAGAGCCUACAGACUCCGCCACCACAGGAGCAUGGUCCUAUAACCCCUCAUCCUAUGCCUCGACAUCCCAUCCCACACCAAAACCUCACCCUUUCCUCACCUCCUCUUCCUCAUUCAGCUCAAGUCUCGCCUCCCCCUCCCCCUCAGAAGACGAAGACGAUCUCUCCGACCUCUCCUCCGAAUCCUCGUGGACUUCCUCGCGCAUCGCGUACGAGGACGAACAACAGUGGCAAGCCUCGAUGCGUCAGUUGCAAUUGAUCUGGAACGUCGUCGCACUGCCUUUUGCUGCCAAAUGGGCGGGCAGGAAAUGUGCUUAUUGGAGUUGAGUUAUUACAAACGAUUCAGAUCCUACUCUUGUCGAUCACUGAAGCUGACAAGCGUCUUUGAACCGCUCCACUUCAGUCUUUGGUAGAUGGCAAUGGUUCGGACUAGGGGACAAACGUUUCUGGUUCGGGACGACAAUGGCGAAAAGGGUGCCCGAGACAUGGUGGCGUACGACAACAGCAACAGCAACAACAACAAGAGCUUGGUGA